AUGUCCAUUGCAGUCCUGCCCGUGGAAUUGAUCUCAAAGAUAUGUAACCAUUUGGAUUUCCAGCAAUUGGUCGCUCUAAGGUUAUCAUGCCGCGCAUUGUACAAAAACACACUGGAGAAUUUUGCGAAGGCCUUUUACCGAAAAAUCCGUUUCAUUGUGACAAGCGAAAGUCUCAACGAACUGGAAGAACUAUCCAAGUCAAAUGGUCUCCGCGAGCACGUUCAAGAGCUAUGGAUGAUCCCUGUUGUGUUUGAUGGCAUUGAAAAUCUCCCCGGCAUGAUAUCUAUAUCAUCAAAAAGCUGCCGGCAGGUCAAAGGCGACGAGCAGGAAAGUCGGCAUGCUGUCCAAAAAGCCAUGCUUGCGGAUAAUCGCAACCUGCUGGAAUCAGAAGCGUUCAGUGUUCGACUUCGGGAAUGUCUGGAUCGAUUCAAGAACAUCCAAACAAUAGGACUCGCACAUUACAGAACGGAAUUUUUGCUUGAUCCCCGGCAGAAGACAGUUCCAUUCCUCGGAAGACGACGGAUAAUGAGCCGGAUCGAUUUUCGAUUCGAUGUUUACAGCCUAGGAGAGUCUACGCGGACCAACAAGGCCAGCCAGAUACGAAAACUGAACUCCUUGGCAUUAUCAAAGCUUUUUCUUGCGUUAUGUAGCUCAAGCUGCAGACCCCGAAAGCUGCACACCUGUGAUUCUAACUUCUGUGGUGAUAUCGGCCCCAGGAUUGCCUUCUCCAAAGAGCAAUUCGAUUCUCUACUAUCUACUUUAGAAGGCCUAGAGGAUCUUCACUUAUGUAUUGAUCUCAAUGAGGCGGCUUGGCUGAAAUUUUUGAGGAAGCUUGCACCUCAACUGGAAGUACUGAUCUUGUCGCAAGAUCAUAUGUCUUCUUAUCUUGUUCAAGAUGAGAUGCCUGCCUAUCCGGCAAAAAGUUACGUUGGACACAUGUUCCAUGACAUUAGCUUCACUCGACUCCGAAAGCUUCAUAUUCACGAGCUUGAUAUCAAUUUCAGCUCUUUAAGAUCACUAUUACUCGGUGUCAAGAAAAGUCUGGUCACCCUCACAGUUCGACGGGUUACAAUGCGCAGUGAGAAGUCGAGAGCCACAGAGAAUCCUAGAUCGCAACAUGCCGAGUCCCCUGACCGUCAGGAAAGUGAAGCAUCUGUCCGAUAUGCAUCGUCAGCGUCUCAGCUCACUCCACUGGCGGUCAAUCCAAUAUCGUCAUUAUAUCAACCUACAGUGCCAUCACAUAUCCCUACAGUGCCAUCAUUUGACCCAAAUCUGCCAUCAUAUCACCCUACGGUGCCAUCAUUUUGA